AAUGCUGCGGGAACGAUCGAGUAAAUCGCGCCUGCGCAGUUAGCACUCCCUCUUUGGACCUACGUCUCCACUGAAACGAUGGUGAGACCAGCCAGUCCCGUGCACAAUCCUUGUCAAUCUGUCUGUUUAUGGGCUAUAAAUGAUAUAAUAACAUAUUUAGUGGCUUUCACAAAUCAUUAUGUGUUAGACACAUGUGUUAUUUUAGUCGGUUUGGGGAUAUUGUUCAUUGUAAAAACGAUGUUUUCAUGUCCUGUUGGAACAGUAAUGGCUGCUACCAGAGUAACACAGUCACCGGGUUUAUUGGCGAUACUCGCGUGCGUGACGGCAUUACUUCCCAAAUUGUGGAAGAGUCAAGAUUAGCGGUAGUUUUUAACUCUAAGAGAGUGGUAUGUUUUGGGAUUGGGAUGUGGUAGGUCGUUUCAAAACCCAGUCUGAGGAUAACUUUUUAGUAAGGAAGCUAGGUGGCUAAUUCAGUGAGAGGAAGCUACUGCAGGCUCCUCUCCAAUGACAGGAGCUUAGGAAGACCCGGUCUUCUGGCAUUUUCCUAUAAGUCGCCACUUUGUGUAUUCGAACAUUUGUUAUCAUAAAUUUCAUCUGAAGUUUGAUGUUUAGAGUAUAUGGAUAUUGUAGUAGCCUAGUUCAAAAUAAGUGGUCACUGUGUUAACAUUUUCUUUAACUACUUUAUGUGUUUGUUUACAGGCCAAACGUACCAAGAAGGUGGGGAUCGUUGGUAAAUAUGGCACACGUUACGGUGCAUCGCUGAGGAAGAUGGUCAAGAAAAUUGAAAUUUCCCAGCAUGCUAAAUACACCUGCUCUUUCUGUGGCAAGGUAAGGAAAACUUGGAAAAUCUUUCAUGUUCUUUUAGAAAUGUAGAUAGCAGAGCAGCAUUUGAUUUGCUCACUGAUACUUAGCUGGAAAUGUCUGCUGCUAAUAGCAUGAGUCAGUGUUUGGAAAACUGUCAAAGUUAGGUUAUGCUUGCAACUGAUGCAACAUGUUUGACUCUACAGACCAAGAUGAAGAGGAGGGCUGUUGGUAUCUGGCACUGUGGGUCUUGCAGGAAGACAGUGGCUGGAGGUGCUUGGACUUACAAGUAAGUCAAAGUUUAUUUCACUUUGAUUCUAUCAUGUACCCUCAUCUGAUCACACAUUGCAUCCUUGUAUGUGGUUUUUAAGAUGCUGUUCUUGUUUGAGUCUGCUGUUGUGAAACAAGAAACUAUAAAUCUCAUCUUAAUGAGCUGGAUGUCAUUUGUUGUAUAUCCAACUUAAACUGUAAAUGCUCCUCAUUUUGAUGUCAGUAAAUGAUUUACUUGACUCAAUGGUACAGUUAGUAUUUGAAGUGAUUAACAACUAUGCUUAUUGUUCUACGCUUGAUUUAAUGUUGGGUAUCUGUAAUGUAUGUCUUAGCAGUAAAGCUUUGCAGCACUAGUCUUAAUUUUGUCUUAAAUUCCACUUUCCCCAUUUUACAGCUUAUCAACAUUGCCUCUACUCUUUUGGGAACAUUUAGUAAUCAUAAACACAAUACAGCAACUUAGUCAUCCCUCGUGAUGCCAGAAAAUUAGACUUGUAUAGUUGAAAUAAUAUCUUUUCAUCUCACCUUCAACUGUCAGUUCAUUUGUCGCACAGUUUGUAAAGACACAUAAAAGAACAAGGAUUUUUUUUUUCCAAGUACAUUUUUUGACUGAAUAUUCUGUUUUCACCUGUGUGAACAAGGCUUGAUAAUAUUGUAGUAUAUCAUAACCCUCCAGAUUUAAGAGAGCAGAAAUGGCUGCACACUACUUUAAACGUAGAUUCAUAUUGAUCAUGACAUGCCACACUCUGGACCAGUGCGUCAUUGAAAAAGGAGGAAUGCACUGACGGAGUUUGCUCUCGCUGAUCUGAGCAUGUCAGGUGAUCUAGGUAGUAAUGCUGUAGGGCAAAGAGUGGCCGAAAGAUGGUCUAAAUCCCUGAUAGUGGAUGGGAAGCUGAUAUUGGAGAGAAAAUAACGUGCUAAUGGUAAAAAUGAUACUCAAGCAGCCAAAAGUAAAUGGGUGACCUGUCCAGAUAUUAUCCACGUGCAAGGAAAAGGGUCAACUGAAUUUUUGAGCUACUUUCUAUUAAGAAUUAAGAAUGUGGUGUUGAGCUGAAGUCAAGCUCUUUGAGAGGGAUAAACGUUUGGUACCAACAGCAUCUUCAGUUUUGUCAAUUGAAUUUUUUACUUGCUGUAAUGAAAAAAAGCAGUUAUCAAACUAUGAAUGUUUCUGUCUUUCAGCACAACUUCCGCUGUCACAGUCAAGUCUGCAAUCAGGAGGCUGAAAGAGUUGAAGGACCAGUAAACCACGUGCAUCGCUCACUGGUGGAUUUGGGACUUUGUUGUUUUCUAUAAUUUAACCGACCUGGACAUGGCCUCAACAUCCCAAAAUAAAGCAGUCUGGAGCGGAACUCUUGUUUGUGUCUUUUUACAUGUGUGAUGUCAAACCUUGUGAAUGAGAGCUAGAAGAAGAUGCCUCCCCAAACCUUUGAGUAAAAAACAAAGUAAAGAAUAUUCUGCCCAAAUACUCCUAAAACUUGAGGAUAAGCUCCUCUUUGCCUGCAUAGCUAGGACACAUCAGUGCGUGUCGCGGCAUAGCGUCAUUGGCAACCAUUAAUGCUUUAAAAAUAGAGAAUACAGAUUCACAUGGACAUUCACAAUGCAACGCUAUCACUGAAAUUAGAAGUUUGCUGUGUUUUUAUCUUUGGAUAAUGGCUUCACCCCUUAAAUCUGUAGUUUUACUGGUGUUGGUUUUCUGCAGUGGUUUGGUGAAUACAAGUCCGUUGAGCUUUCUUAAUAUGUCUUAUGAAAAAUGUCUAAACUUACAAAAGAGAAUAAUUGUGUCUAUUCAGUCAAUCUUGUUGACUUUUUAGCAGUCAGGCAACAAAAAUCUACACCACUGUUCAGUCUGCUGUUACUGUAAAUUUUAGUUCUUUGUUGUAUGCUAUAGUUUUUGGAUAAUGAAGGUCAUGUACAUGGAACAACAGUACCUUUUAUCUUGUGAGAAACCAGACCUUCAAAUGUAAAAAUGAAAAACUAAGAAUCUGCACAGAUUAUUUCCCUGAACAGAGAGUACUUGGUCAUGAUGCAAAUUAUGGGGUGAAGAUUUCAAGUUUAUCUUUCCACAUUUUGAUGAUAGUGUUGAUGCCUGGUUUUUACUGUAGCUGAGACAUUUGAUGGCUUGCUUUCAAGUAUAAAGUAACUGUUAUUUCGUAAGUCUCAA